CUUCUUUCUUUCUCUCUUUUCUCUGUUCUUCGCCUGUUGUUGAAGCAGGAAUCUAAAAUAGAGAAUUUAGAUGUUCGAGAGAAGUAGAGUUUCAUCAAGGGGUAUCUGUUGGAGGUGGUGUUGAUGCGAUUAUUGUAUUCAGAAAUUCUCAGAAAAAGUUAGUCUAUAUUAAUAACGAACGAUUCAAAAGAUGAACUGGUGGAUUGUGGAUUUCAAGGUAGGCGUGGCUUGUCAUCAAAACAGGAAUAAUGAAGAGAAGAAGAUGGAGGUUACGCCCUCUAAUUCUAAGACUCCUGAUCCUCGAGGAGGAGGUCACAAAAAAUUGGGAGCAGGAGGUAGAGGAAAGGAUAAAGAUGCUCCGUUACAAAUUCGUGAAUCACUACCAGAGAUACAAAGAGAAGAAGGAAGAGAGGGUGAUGGUGGUGAUAAUGAAGAACCUCAACAUCAACUAAAACCUCGGAAAGAGAAGAAGCUUGCUCAACCCCGGGUUACAGGUUUGCACAUUCCUCGUAAGGAUAACAUAAUCCCAGCUCGAGAUGAUGGUUUGCCCCAUGGUAUUCCGGAAGAUGGAGGAAAUGUGUUGAUCGGUUACGCCGAAUCUUGGUCAAAGAGAAUAUAUGAGACUCCUGAUCACAACGAUGUCGUCCGAGUAUUGAGACACCAUAGGGAAGCGGAAUGGAAAUUGUCCGAAGAGGUUCCCGAGGUGGUUGCUUACGUACAAUCAUCUUCUUUAUGGCUUUUGACUGAACAUGGACAUAAGGAAUGUGAUAGAGUGACUAUCUCCGCCUUCUCCGAGAGAUUUUGUCCAAAGACUUAUACGUUUCACUUAACCGUUGGGGAGAUGACAAUCACUCCUGAUGACGCAAACAAGAUUACGUGGCUUAAAGUGAGGGGUAGAAGCGUGGAUGCUGACUAUUAUGAUAUGAGUUGGGCGGAGCUAUAUAACUUGUACCAUGAAUUUUUUGUUUGGAAUGAUUACAAGACUAAACUGGAGUUUUUCCGUUCCAUUAAAGAUAUAGACUUUGUUCAUGAGGACGGUGUGACAAACAAGAAGCUUAAGAAGAUCAAGCUUACCAACUUGAGAGACAAAUUUGGGGACACAAAGGAGAAAGUAAAGAGUGGGAGAUGGUAAUGGAUGAGAUAAAC